UAGAGUUGGCUCAAUCUGGCAACCCUUGUGCCAGGGUGCCAGUUUUGUUGUCUUUCUGUUUGCCCUAUAUUUCCAUCCAUAGGACAGCCGCAUGUUGCGUCACCACCAGCUGUGUGGAUUCAUGGAAUAAAGAUCCCGAACCAAUUCUGUCACAUGAAUCCACAUGCGGUUUAUUGUGCUGGACGUGCAGAAUAUAUCUAACAGAGCGCUGUCUCAUCGACAAACACCUCGUUUUACUCGUGGGGCGACCCAUGUCUCUGGAUAACACUGCGUUUCUGUAUCUAUCGACUGAAUUUUUAAGGAUUUAAACGGAGGUGAAUCGUCCUUUUGUUGGUGAAAGAAACAAAAAUGUCGAUUGAAAAGCACAGCGUGUCUGAAGAAAACCUUCAGGGUUCUUGGGUGGAGCUGCAUUUUAAUAAUGGGGGAGGCAGCACUUCUAAAGCAGCCACAGAUGAACAGUCAGCUAGCACGGCCCCGAGCGGAGACCUGGAGAAGAUGCUUCUGGAUGCUCAGCACGAGUCGGGUCGGAGCAGCUCCAGAGGAAGCCUACCAUGUGACAGUCCUCCAAGAUCCCAGACUCCUUUGCACUUGUGCAGGGGCUCCGAGGUCCACAGCUCUGGGGAAAAAAACAGCUCACAGUCAGAGGAAGACUAUUUGGAGAGGAGAAAAGAGGUGGAGAUCCUGAUGAAGAAAAAUGCUGAUUGGAUCUGGGACUGGUCGAGUCGCCCAGAAAACCUGCCACCCAAGGAGUUUCUGCUGCGGCACCCGAAGCGCUCCAGCACACUCAGCAUGAGGAACACCAGUGUGAUGAAGAAAGGAGGAAUCUUCUCUGCUGAGUUCCUCAAAGUCUUCCUGCCCUCUCUGGUCCUCUCACACAUCCUCGCUGUGGGUCUCGGGGUGUACAUCGGAAGGCGUUUUACUGCUUCUGGCACCUUCUGAGGGAGCAGGAAAAGCCAUGAGAGAGGAAGACAAACCUCACAUCCGCACAUCCACCAUCUCAGCUGCUUUAUCGUGAUUCAGAGCUCAUGUAGACGCAAAAAGGACGAGGUCACAUGACACACUUCCUCUGCCUUGCUUCCCCCUCGUGUAUUAACACUGGCCUUUCCCAUAAUUCCUCCCAAAUCCACACAUAAUGCCAGUCCAUUCCAGGGAACGCCAUGCUAUAGGCAUAUAAGAACACGCCGGCUAGAUUUAGAUCUCAUUCAUUUCGUAUUUAUUCGGUAAAAAAAUACUACGUGAGGAUCAUGAAAUAAGUGGAUUAAAGUGGAUGCAGGAACUUCGGAAACGUGAAACUUAAGACUGUUAACUGGUAGGAAAUCCGACUUUCUGCCCCACACUGUGAAAAAAUAUCCGUGUAUUGGCAGUUUUCUGUAUUUUGUGAUUCGUGUUUUAUUUUACCAUUUAUUUAUUUUAAAUCACAUUAUGAGAUUCUUCUGACAAGUUUUAAGCUUAAAAAGUUGGAAAAAGUGACUUUUGUUUUUACAUUUUUAAUUGUUUAAAAUGAUUUGUUAUCUGGGUUGACUUACCGGCCACUUUAUUAGGUACACCUGUCCAACCGCUUGUUAACGGAAAUUUCUUAUCGGCCAAUCACAUGGCAGCAACUCUAUGCAUUUAGGCAUGUAGACAAGAUCAAGACGAUCUGAUGCAGUUCAAACCGGACAUCAGAACGGGGAAGAAAGAUGAUUUAAGCGACUUUGAACAUGGCAUGGUUGUUGGUGCCAGACGGGCUGGUCUGAGUAUUUCAGAAACUGCUGAUCAACUGGGACUUUCACACACAACCUUCUCUAUUUACAGAGAAUGCUCCGAAAAAG